CACCAGAGUGGGAGGUGUCCUGUGCAGGGGAAGGGUGUUUGUGCCCACACUGGUAACAGGGACCCUUGGAGAAGAGUGAUCCUCCUACAGAGAUGAUGAAUGGCCAAGGGAGAGUCAGUCCUGGAAGUGCAGCCCCAGCAGAAGAGAGAGGCUGCUCCUGGCUGAACAUCUGGGUCUUCCUUAUUUUUGCCCUUGCAAUCAAAGCUGCCAUUGUGACCAUCUGUCUUGUGGCGUUACUUGAUGGAAGCUCUGGCCAUUACAAGAUUCUCCUCCAGAACUCUACUGAGUGGUUCUGUGCCCCCAGCAGUUCUGCAGAGAAAGUGGAUGGCUGGAUGUGCUGCCCAAAGGGCUGGAGAAGGUUUCAAGGAAGCUGCUAUUUCCUGUCCCCUGACAUGAUGUCAUGGGAUGAGAGUGCACGGAACUGCACUGGGAUGGGCUCCCAGCUGGUGGUGAUCACCAGCAAGGCAGAGCAGGAAUUUCUCUUCAACUUGACAAAAGAAAAAGCUACUAGCCUCUAUGAAACAAAAUACUACAUAGGCUUAGCUGCUUACAAAAAUGGGAAGUGGCAGUGGGUGGAUCAGACUCCAUAUGAGAGUACAGUGACGUUCUGGAAGCCUGGGGAGCCCAAUUUACUCUUUGCAGAAAAAUGUGCUGCAAUUCAUGUCAAGGGAAAGACAGACCCCAACACUUACAGUAACUGGAAUAAUGUCCUUUGCAUCACAAGUUGCUAUCGAAUUUGUGAACAGGCAGUCAAACUUCUCUGAGAAAGGACAUAAAAUCCAAUCUUCAAAGUACCUCAGUUCCCAGCCUGUGCCCCUUCAUCCCUCUACAAGCUGGAGAUCAGUUCUGGAUGAAAUAGCUCAGGCUGAUGUCAAGGACCUACUGUGAACCUUUCUACUCUCCUCCUUCAGAAACAAGGGUCCUAAUUCUCUAUCACUUUCCUUGACUCCUGGUCCAGACAAUAUCUCAAUGAUGUGGAAAAGGCCAUCACUGUUUCAUGGCAGGAUACUUGUCCUUCAAAUCACUGGAGCAGAAUUUGAAAGAAGAGCAUUCAGUGGAGUAUCCUUGUUCCUCCUCUGAUGGGGAAAAUUUUUCAUGGCUGUAGUGUUUCCUUCUCCUUCAGCACACUGUGUGUU